CGUUGCUUUCUGAUUUAAGCCCAAGUUAGGUCUGCUACAACAGACCGACCAACGCAUCUACACUCUCGCAGUGAAGAAGAAGAAGAAGAAGAAGAAGAAGAACAUAGAGGAGUCAUUUCUUACACAGCAAAACGCCGCCGUUUUCAAUCAGUAGCCAUGAAGGUGCGAUCAUCGGUGAAGAAGAUGUGCGAGUUUUGUAAGACAAUUAAACGCCGUGGACGUGUUUAUGUGUACUGCACAGCCAAUCCUAAGCAUAAGCAGAGACAGGGCAUGUCUACAUUUGCAUAUCAAGGCACUGAUGCUCCCAUGUCUGCGGAGACUAGUAUCACCAAGCAGGAGAGCAACUUUGGUCAGAGCUCUCACGUAGGUCUGGCAUCUCUGAUUCCCAGAAAGAAUGAGCAGUCAAUGCCCUCUCCGACCCUUGGAUGGAGGGUAGGCUUGGCAUCCCUGCUGUUCAGAAAGUCCAAUUAGCUUCCGAACCCUAAACCAAGAAAAAACGCAAAUUUGUUCCCAGUUCUUAGACUCUUUUUGUUGGCUGUGCUCACCAUUUGUAAUCAAAAUGCUAUCGGUUCUCUUAUUUUAUAGCAUUUUAUCUUGCUACCA